UACGUCUAAUUAAAUGUAGCAUACCCAUUGCAGUCUGGUAAAUUUAAAGGUUUUGAGUGGUGGUGGUAACAUUAAAUAUUGUUGUAUUUUAAUUAUAGUCUGAGCUGUCAUUUGAGGCCGUUAAAGGAGAGCGUGCUGUAUUCGCAGAAUAUUCUUAUCAGGCUCCGACUUCGACCGAAGCCACUCCCCCGGCAGCCUUUCUUCCAGUCAGCUGAGCCGCAGUCAGGCACCAUGUGACGCAUGUGAGUGGUAAUGUGAAUUUGUGUGCCAUGACAAGUCUCUUGCAACUGGACAACUUGGAUUGCACCAGCACCACCAGUGAGCACAUCACCAAGCUAUUUCCCAAGUGCAGACCGCGAGACGUGAACCUCAACGCUGUUUCAACACAGGAUGACAGCAAUGAAAACACUAUUGUCGUGAUGGACGAUGAUAAUGACAGGUGCGCUCGCCGGGGGGUCCCGGACGACGGCGGGCGCGCGGAAGAGGAAGACGAGGCCCGUCGCCGGGGGGGCUGCGACGAGGACGACUCGUCCGACGGUGACGAGGAAGAGGAGGAGGAGGACCUGGUGAUCGACCACACGGGCGGCGGCGACGGGAGCCCGCCGCGCAAGCCGCGCGACUCGCGCGUCAUCGAGAUCGCCGGCGGCCGCGAGCUGUUCUCGCAGAGCCGCAGCCGCGCGGUGAAGAAGGCGCGGCUCGGCGACGACAUGGAGCGGGGCAAGAGGGGCAAGACCCAGGGCGUGUGGGAGCUGAGAGCGAGGUGCGCGGACGCCAAGAAGCAGCGCGGGGCGCGCGAGGUGACGGAGACGGUGUUCUCGACGGAGGUGCGGUCGGUGCGGCACCAGCGAGGGGGGGCAGCAGCGGACGGCCGGGGGGAGGUGGUGGUGUUUGACGACAUCGGCGAGGGCUGGCAGGGCCUGCGGCUGGACCUGCAGGGCGCGGGGCAGAACGGCGGCCGCGAGCCGGGCUCCUCCGCGGGCUCCUCGCCCUCCGCCCAGCCCCACCACCGCAACGCCACCGACUUCUUCAAGGCGGUGACGUCGGCGUCGGACCUGGACGGCGACUCCUUGUCUCCGGAGCACGGCGACGGCGGCAAGGUGGCGCGCAUCAUCGGCAGCCUGCCCAUCGCGGAGUACGAGGGCUCGCCCCGGCGCUACGGGCCCCGGCCGCCUGACGCCUCCCCCCCGCCGUCGCACCCGGUGCUGCCCAGCGCCCAGAGCCUGCUGGCGUCGCCCUCCGUGUACCCCCCGCGCCCGGGCUUCCCCCAGCGAGUGGUGGCGACGCCGUCGGAGCCGGACGGCGCCCUCUCACCGGGCGGCGGGGCGUUCGACUACCUGUACGAGUUCUCGGAGACGCGCAAGGUGCUGGAGGAGUUCUUCCGGCGGCCCGAGGACGCGGGCGAGGACCCGGGCUUCCGGGAGCUGGAGUACGAGCUGCGGCGCCAGGCGGGAGCGGGCAGCGCCUACGUGGGCCAGCGGCUGGCCAAGGCAGCGGCCGCGGCGAGGCGCGCCGAGGGGGGGGACCUGUCCCCGGGCAAGCUCGGCAACGGGGGCCUCGAGUCCGACGCCCUGCAGGACUCGGAGGCCCACUUCCUGGACCUGUCGGCGGACACGGCCUCGACGGAGGACCUGGGGGAGACGGAGGUGGGGCUCCAGGUGGGGCACAGCCGCAACUUCACGCUGUCGCCCGAGACGACGGACUGCGACUCGAACUGCGGGGACCUGGACUCGGAGGUGUCGCUGCUGCUGGAGGGCGACGGCGGGGGGGUGGUUGGGGCCCCGGGGGCCGGCGGCGGCGGCGGGGGCGAGCCGGGGGCCCCGCCGGACCCCGCCCGCCUCUACUCCAGCAUGCCGGUGCUGGAGGACGGCCUCUCGUCGGGCCACGCCUCCGACACGGACAACAACCCCACCGUGCUGCUCAUGAGGCGCCAGAUCACGGAGAUCGAGCGCGAGAUCGUGCAGCGCGGCGCCCGCCACAAGAUGUCGGCCGCCGCCGGCUCCUCGUCCCCGGACGAGGCGGUGGGCCCCCGGGACUUUGCCCCGGGCAAGGAGGUGGUCGCCGAUGGCCCGGCGGAGGACGUGUUCAGCGUCGGGAAGGUGCGGGAGAACUCCUACAGCGCACCUGAUCCGGAGCUGGAAGCUCUCGACCCGCUUGGCGGCGCGCAGAUGACGCCGCCGCCCCCCGCCCCCCAGCCCCACCGCGGGGCGGGCGCCGUGGAGGCUGCCCUCAAGGACAUCCGCCUGGCGCUCCAGCGCACCAAGGCUCUCCCCAUCAGGAGCCCGACGACGGAGGAGCCCAUCGAGGACGCCGCCAGCCCCGUCUGGGUACCGAGGAGGAGGGUCAUCGCUAACGGCGACUCGGAGCCGCGCAAAGGCCCCGGAGAGGAGGGAGUCGAGGAAGAGGCUGAUACUGACCUUGAAACUGAUCGUCUUUUGGGGCAGCAACGGACAGAUGACCACGGCUUCUUCGAUGAUAAAGUGGGCUGGCGAAAGCCAAAGUCUCGAACUGUCAUGCCCUCCGUCAUCGCCACCAACAACAACAGCAGCAACAACAACAACAACAACAACAACAGCUGCAGCAGUAGCAGCAGCAGCAGUAGCAGUAGCAGCCACAACAGCAGCAGCAACGUCAAUAACAACAACAACAACAACAAUAACAACAACAACAGCGGCAGCACCAAGACCUCGACCCCGCUGGCGGCGAGCAAGCGGCUCCCUGCGGCCCCCGCCCCCCUCCCCGCCCCCGCGCUCGAGCCCUGCCCCACCCCGCCCCCCGUGGCGGGGGCCAGCGCCCCGGAGCCGCCCGCCAGCGCCGCCGCGGGGGAUGAGCCCCCGGAGAAGGGGCUGUCGCCCCAGAAGGACCCCGCCGCCACCGGCAAGAGCAAGAAGGACAAAGACGGGAGCAAAAAGAAAGGCCGUAACAAGGAAGUGAUGAUCCAUGAACCGGCAGUGCUGAUAGAAGGCGUGCUGUUCAGGGCGCGCUACCUCGGCUCCACGCAACUCGUGUGCGAGGGGCAGCCCACCAAGACGACGCGCAUGAUGCAGGCGGAGGAGGCCGUCUCCCGCAUCAAGGCACCAGAGGGUGAAACCCAACCUAGUACAGAAGUUGACUUGUUCAUUUCAACAGAAAAAAUUAUGGUCCUCAACACAGAUCUGAAGGAGAUCAUGAUGGACCACGCCCUCCGCACGAUCUCGUACAUCGCGGACAUCGGCGACCUGGUGGUGCUGAUGGCGCGGCGGAGGUUCGUGCCGCACGACGUGGAGGAGCCGCCCAAGGUCAACCGCACGCCCAAGAUGAUCUGCCACGUGUUCGAGAGCGAGGAGGCGCAGUUCAUCGCCCAGUCGAUCGGCCAGGCCUUCCAGGUGGCCUACAUGGAGUUCCUGAAGGCCAACGGCAUCGAGGACCACAGCUUCGUCAAGGAGAUGGACUACCAGGAGGUGCUUAACUCCCAGGAGAUAUUCGGGGACGAGCUGCAGAUGUUUGCCAAGAAGGAGAUGCAGAAGGAAUGUUGGGCGUGCUCGCAGGUGGUGGUGCCCAAGGCGAAGGGGGAGAUCCUGGGGGUGGUGAUCGUGGAGUCGGGCUGGGGCUCCAUGCUGCCCACCGUGGUGAUCGCCAACCUGGCGCCGGCGGGGGCCGCCGCCCGCUGCGGCCAGCUCAACAUCGGGGACCAGAUCAUCGCCAUCAACGGCGUGAGCCUGGUGGGGCUGCCCCUGUCCACGUGCCAGAACUACAUCAAGAACACGAAGAACCAAACCGUGGUGAAGCUGACGGUUGUUCCUUGCGCCCCCGUCGUGGAGGUGAAGAUCAAGAGACCGGACACCAAGUACCAGCUGGGCUUCAGCGUCCAGAACGGAGUGAUCUGCAGCCUCUUGCGCGGCGGCAUAGCGGAGAGAGGGGGCGUGCGUGUGGGGCACCGCAUCAUCGAGAUAAACAACCAGAGCGUGGUGGCCGUCCCGCACGAGAAGAUAGUCAACCUGCUGGCCACGUCUGUCGGAGAGAUCCUGAUGAAGACGAUGCCAACUUCGAUGUUCCGCCUGCUGACGGGCCAGGAGACGCCAGUGUACAUUUAAAAGUGAACCUCGCUUGGAUAUUUUUUUUUAGCGUGGGGGGGGGGGGGGGGGGGGGGAAGGAGUGCGGUGUCGUUGACAUUCGACCAGCCGCUGCUGCUCAGCUGCUGAAUGAGCCAAUUCUAAAAAAAAUAUAUCCCACUCUCGCACGCGUAGCGCACUAUCUCCAUGCUCCAAGCAUCUGCGCAGUGCGUGUUUGCGCGUUCGUGGCGGCAGAUCCGCUGCCAGUGCACGCUCGCGCGCGGAAGUAUCCGUGCGGUUUUAACGGCCUCAGUGGUGCCACCUAGCGGAAACGGUGCUAUCCUCCGUUCGGAGCGGAGUUUGCUGUAGGAAGUAGGCAGCGGCUUGCAGCACCCUGUAUUUAUUACUUUCCUUUAGCGAUCGCACAUCUAAUGCCAAAGAAAAAACUAAACCAGUGCUGCCUGACGUUCGGAGAGCUCGAGAGUGCCUAUCUCUUCGGCAGCAAACCGGAAGAAAAAUACUGAAGCCGAUGAACUUCUCAAAACAAGUGUUUCCUAGUCAUUUUCUCUGUGGAACUGAAAUAGCAACCAAAAAAAAAAUGGUGUCAUAUUGUAUUGUUUUAUAUAUAUUUUUUUGUUUUAAUUUUUUUAAUGUAACAAUUGUGUUUAAUGAAAUUUUUUUAUACGUUUAUUUUGUAUUUCUUUGUGUAACUUCUGUGAUUUUAAAAUGUAACAAUCUACUCGCAUCGUGGAAAGGGUAUCGAAAUUAACUAGUCAGCUUACAUGUAUGUGGAAUAAGCAUAUUAACAGUCUGAGGAGGACAGAACAACAUUUAUUCAAAAGAAUGUAUCUUGUGCUAAUUAUGUUACCCAUAAUGAAAUGAAAGAAUCAGGUCGGUAAAGGACUUUUUUUUUUCUAAAAAAAGGUGUGUUCAAAAUUACAAUUUAUAUAUUUAAAAAAAAAAAAAACAUUUCUCCUUGCGUGUUUUCCUUGCACCCAGAAGUAAGAGCAGAUAUCAAGUUUUACCGCUGCUCUGCUUCGUUGGGGAGUUGGGGGUGUGUGUGUGGUGUUUAGUCGAUACCUGUUAGCCGCGCUGUUCGCUGUGUUGUGUUUGACGUCGGGCGUGGCAGAGCUGCCGUGCUAAGUGCCUACAGUCUGAUGGCAUCGGAAGGGAGAUUUACACAUGCACGGGACAGCAGUUCUUACGAGCCUGUAACAACUGGAGGACAGCUUCCGAUAGGCUGUUGGGGGAUUCCUUUUCCUUUCCAGUUUUGAGUUCGCGCUUAAGAAGCAAAUGGGGCCAGCGAUAAUUACCAAACAUUUUUUUUUUUCCAAGCUACUGAUAUCCAUGAAAAAUAAGGACAAACUAAUCAAACUAAUAGUUGAUGAUGUUAGCUUCAGAUAUUGUGACUCUGUGCUGCUUGAUACAGUUAUAAUUAUUCUCGGUGGAAAAGUGAAGGACACAAAACUCAUGUUUUUCACCAGGUCGUACAUCACACUGUAAUGUAUGAUUUCCUUGUAUUUAUGUAACUUUUCAUUCAGAGGACAACAUUUUUAUUUUCGUAUUUUUGUCUCCUGUGUGUACUAGGAAUAUUGUACGCAACAAAUAUAUAACUGUUCAUACAGCACAAAGUGAAUACUAUAUAAUAUGAAGUAUGAUGCAUCACAAUUAAUGAGAAAUUAUAUCUUGCAUAACUUUAUUGUGUGACACUAUAAACUCACCUUAAAUUCCCUUGCCUUUUCAUAUUCCCAGUUUUAUGUUACCAUUUGUGUAUCAAUAUUUAUUUUGCAGGUGUAUCUGUGAGUAUGUCGCUCUAUCAUGUAAAAACAGUUGUUAAAACAUUAAUAUAUUUUGAGUAAUUGAAAUUUGUUGUUUCAUUUUUUUUUAAUCAUUGUCCCUUGUGUUAUGGUAGGUUGUAUCUUUGGAAGUGUAAAAUUCCACCCACAGUAAAAUACAUGGAAUAAAAAAAGCUGGCAAGUUAAAGCAGGUGUGAUAAAUCUAUGUGCUAGGUAGAUAUGAGUGCUGCAAUAACAGCCUGAAGUUAAAAUUUUAAUUUUUGUUGAAUCUUUUCAUCCUGUACCGCACGCACAACCUCCGUAGACUGUGUGAAUAGUAGGUUUUUUGAUGCGAAGCUAAUAUCAAAUUGAAUUUUUAAAAUAUUCAAAAAGUCAAAUCAAAUUGUGAAUAUUGUUCUCAGCAAGGUUUUAUUUCAGUUAUUUUAUAAUAUAUUGAAUUGAAGUAAAUAAAAAAAAAUAAAAUAUGUUAAUGUUUGAACUGAUGAAGUGAUCAACCAAUUGGGAUCUAUAUAUAACACCAUUCAAUAAAAAUAGUAAACGAACAAUGCAUAAUAUGAAUAUUGAGCAUUUAUAAAAGAAAACCAGAGUGCCACUUUUAUUUAUUAUUAUUAUUGUUAUUAUUCAUUUUAAUUUUAAGUAACCAACUCUGUCUGUGCAAAACAUACACAACACACAAAAAGAUAAAAAAAAAAAUUUUGAGCAAACAUUGGGCUUGCAUGUUUUAAAGCUCAGCAACAAACG